GAUUAGAUAUUAGAUUUGAGGAACACUCAAGAAAGUCCUCCUGUUAUAAAAAGACAAGCAGCGUUCUGGCAUUAUUACGUUUGACUCGGGACCGACUGGCGGUCAAGAUGUUUUCAUCUAUUAUUUUUACCACCAUUUUCAUGGGGUUGAGCUCUGGUGCCAUCCUGCAACCACGCGUGUCCUCGAACUCCUCGACGACAAUCGAGCGGUUCCCGUUUACCACCGCCAUCUUGUACGGUCCAACCGGGUAUUUCCGGCAGGUCUGCGGCGGGUCAGUGCUCACCACCACUGCGGUACUGUCAGCUGCCAGCUGUUUUGAUAACCAAGGGAGACCAAAUCCAGUAUCGCAGUACCGCGUCCGCGUGGGCUCAGCCCAGCCUAACGCAGGCGGUUCCGUCGUCUCCGUACGCCUGAUCACUCUUCACCCGGACUACAACUACAAAACCCUGCAGGCCGACAUUGCUGUGCUGCGUGUACCCACGCUGACGUACUCAGCAUCUGUGCAGCCAGUUGCUAUAGCUGGGGCCAACUAUAACGUGUCAGAUAACGAUUCUGUGUUGGUGAUAGGAUGGGGACAGAAUCAGAGUGUGUCCGCAGAACUCCGAGACACUCUCCGCUACGUACAGCAAAACGUCGUCAACCAGUCGUACUGCAAAGCCCUGCUAGGCUACGAAGGGCUAAACGUGACUGAAGGCAUGAUGUGCACGGGACGUGCGAACGGGGAGUUCUGCGGCUCAGACUAUGGCGGGCCGGUCGUGCACGCUGCGAACAACGUGCUGGUGGGUGUGGCUGCGUACAGCUACCGCUGCGGGGAGAGGCGCUACCCUAGCUUGAGCACCAGGGUCUCAGCCUAUACUCACUGGAUUGUUAAUAUAGCCAAGUAAUGAUUAUAGAUUUUAGAUCCACGGCAACUACCAGGAUUUUAAAAUAAAAUGUGGCUCUAUUGGUUA